CUGAUCCAACAGCCACAGUGUAGGUGGCUCUAUUUUUUGUGACUGCGGUUCAUUGCACGACCCUCUGUCUUGGCAAGCUCAAGCAUUUCUCUCAUUCUCCUCAUCUUGUUUUUGUUUCUGGGUUUCUUCUUCUUCUUCUUCAAAAAACCGCACACGCCGACUCCGGCCUUUUUCCCGCAACUUUCUUUACAGUACUCGUGGAUCCUGAUUCUAUUGUGCUUUUUGUUGCACUUCUUUUUAACUUUCUUUGCAUUUCCUCUGCGAACCCAGUUGCAAUCCUUUUUCUCUCUCCCCUUGAACCGAAAAGCAGGAUCGUCACUGCAUCCUUCCGCCCCAGUGGGAUUUGAGGUCGGGAAUGCGGUCGGCGAGAAGGUCGGAAACGCGGUCGGAAAUGAGGUGGGAUCUUCUGUGGUUGGCUCGAUGGUCGGCAGAAAAGGAUCGUCAUUGAUUACAUCGGAGGUUGGCUCGAUGGUCGGGCCGUCAUUACCAGCGCCAGUACAAAAGUCGUGAUCUCGAUUAAAUUGAAAGUUUCCAUCACCGGAGAAAAUUUCAACGCCAUUUAGAAAUCCUGCAUAGUGUCCGUCGACGUCCAUCAUGCCAUCGCCAUAAUUGUCCCAGAUCGAGAACACGUAGCAAGUAUUUUCCUUCAAACAAUACGCAUCGUUUGGAUCCGAGGAAGGGAGUGUGUACUCCGUGUUACUCUCAUAUCCGUAUCCGAAUUCAAAUUCGAUUACAUAUGUUCCCGCCGCGAUGCUCUCAUCGAGGUACCAAAACGUCUCUAGUCCAUGAUUGUCCGUCUUGAGCUGAAUUUUCAAUGCGGGACUACCGUUGCAGUCACCGUUGGUAGGAGGCACAGGGAAAUCAGUGGAAGUUGGAGACGGCACGGGGAAGUUCGUGGAGGUUGGGGGCGGCACGGGGAAGUUCGUGGAGGUUGGNGGCGGCACGGGGAAGUUCGUGGAGGUUGGGGGCGGCACAGGGAAGUUAGUGGAGGUUGGAGGCGGAGUUGGAGCCGGCACCGGAUUGCCAGAACCGGUACAAACGCGUUCCGUUUUUGAUUCUCGAAAGUCGCCAUUGCCAGAAGCAAUAGUGUUGCCGCCGAGCACCAGUGCGUAGCUUCCAUCGGGAAAGCCAUCCGGAAACGAGUCUCUAACUGUCCAAUCGUAGCACCUAUCCGGUUGCAGGCAAAUCUGGUGCUCGUUUUCGAUGUUGUUGAUUGAGUACGAGCGGCUCAUGAUGACCUCUCCGUUCGAAGUAUCGGUGAGUGUGAAGGACGUUUCUUGAGCGUAUUGGUCGGUGGUGAGCCUGAUUAUAAGGUUCUGAGCAUUGUCGCAUGCAGGUGGUGGGCUGUUGUUGCAAAAUGGAGCGACGCUGUUGAAGGUGUUACACAUUGUUUCUUUGAUCCAGCCGACACGCGAGCUGACCCUUGCAUAGACACCAGGAAAAUCGGGCAAGGCACAUCCCUCCCCCCAGGACACCACACCUACUUGGGUAUCGACAAAGGUACCGUCUGCGUUUGAAGUUCGUCUUACGAUUGGCCCCCCCGAAUCGCCUUGACAGGAAUCCUUUUGUCCUUGGGGAAACCCAGCACACAGCAUAGCAUCUGUGAUUUGUCCCGGGUAGCUGUUGCCGCAGGCUGCGUUGCUGACGGUCGGAACGGUAACUUGGCGGAGAGUUGAAGCUUGUGGCCCUCCUUGAGACGUGGCACCGUGACCCAUGACGAUAAGGUCGGCCCCGUCCGAUGGAACCGAAUUGUUCUCGUUGAGUUCGAGUGUGACAAAGGCUUUGCUAACGGUCACGGGCUGAUCUAGCUUACAAAGGGCAAAAUCGUUGUUGAUAUCACUGCCCCCGGUCCCGUAAAGGGGAUCGGGGAUCCAAACAUCGCAAAAGCGUGCUUGUGCGCCUUCGUCGAGGGUUCCAGCAUUGUAGGAACCGAUGAUGAUUUGCUGACCCUGCCAGUUCCCGCAGUGGGCUGCAAAGAGGACGGUGUCGGGCGACACGAGAGACCCACCACAGCCUCCCAUUUCAACGAAAUAGGGAAAUGAUCCAGGUUCGGACUCAACUCCGCCGACAAUCCGCUCGAUUGUUUUUAUGGGUUCAGCUGUAGCUGUGUCCGCCUUGAGAAAAGCGAGAAAGAAAGCGGCUUUCGAGAG